GUAAAUCUCGCGAGAGCGGAACCCCCGAAUGCUACGCGAUGUUGGGGGGCUGUUGGGCUGUUGUGUCUGAGGAACGUGCUGCGUGUUGGUGGUCGGUGUCACUGGUUUUGAACCUUGUGGAGAGGAAGGUAGAAGAGACAGUGAAUCGGAGAGGACAACCAAAUACUACGACACUUCAAGCGGAUUCACUCUAAAGAAUGACUGCAAAUAAUGUAACCGUUAACAUUGAAAUACAUAUCGAAUGCGUUUGACGCUUGUUAGCGUCCGCUCGAUUUGGAGAAGGGAUUCUUCCAGAUGCGAUUCCAGAGGAGAAAAAGGGGCAAAUAAGCAGAGGAGAGUGAACGGACGAGGAGGAUAUUUCCCCCCUUUCUUGAGGGACACAUUGAAAAAUAGGCCAGUGGUAGUUGUAGUGUGACAUUUAAUCGGUGUAUAUGCUCUUUCGUUAUUCAUUUUAUUUGAAAUGUAUAAGUGGACACUUGAUUUGGAACACCUAAUUUGUUCGUCACAUGCAUGUAUUUGUGGUGUUUAAUAGCGUUUAGAGGGCCGCUUUACGGCGCACAGAACUCGUAAGAAAUCCUAGGAUCUGCUGUAAAUGUGUCUGUUGAGCGGAGCUUUGCGAGAAUAUAUCUAAGCGUCAGGAGAUCGCUGUCUCUGGGCCAUAUCGAUUUCGAUAUAGCUAAGCUAGGUAGCUUGCUGCGAAGUUCAGCUACUGUGUUUUCCACCAGCGAGUGAAGCAACGGGACAGAUUUUUUCAGGAGGAAUCUUUUUUUGUUGUCGUUUGCUCCCCUCCAUUCCACGUUCUACGGCUAGAUACCGUGCUAGAUAACAGCCUAGAUGGAUGACAAGAUUCGGUUUCUUGCAGGCUAGCUUGCCAGGUAUUACUAGUAUCAGCCUGUUAAAGCUAGCGUUGCUAGACGUAGCCGGACAAGCCGAUGAAAUAAUGGAAGGUUGAGUCUCUAUCCAGUCUCCUUCUUUUGGAGGGGGCGAGAUAGAGACGGAAAUAAACAAAAACUUCUUCAAACCAUUUUUUUCAUCAAAGAAACAGGGCACCUUUUCACCUGAUCACAUCUAACGUAUCGAUACUCGCCUAAAGUUAAAACACACUCUAAAGCUUUAUGAUAGCUAGCGCGCUAGCUAGCUAUAUGAGAUAUGGAUAAACUCACCAUUAUUUCAGGAUGUCUUUUUCUGGCAGCAGAUAUUUUUGCCAUCGCCAGCAUUGCGAAUCCAGAUUGGAUCAACACAGGAGAGUCGGCAGGUGCUCUGACGGUGGGGCUCGUGCGGCAGUGCCAGACCAUCCACGGUCGUGACAGGACCUGCAUCCCACCGCGGCUGCCCCCGGAAUGGGUCACCACGCUCUUCUUCAUCAUCAUGGGCAUCGUCUCGCUCACCGUCACCUGCGGCCUGCUCGUGGCUUCUCACUGGCGCCGCGAGGCUACCAAGUACGCCCGCUGGAUAGCCUUCACUGGGAUGAUCCUGUUCUGCAUGGCUGCCCUCAUUUUCCCAAUAGGAUUUUACAUCAAUGAAGUCGGAGGACAACCAUACAAGUUACCCAACAACACAGUAGUCGGGUCUUCAUACGUACUUUUUGUCCUGUCCAUCUUUUUCACCAUAGUGGGACUGCUGUUUGCCGGAAAGGUCUGUUUGCCUGGCUGACGGUGCUUUUCGCCUGCCUGUGUGGGCUCGGAAGAGAAAACGCCGUCCGUGCAAGAGGCAGGACGUGGGAUAGUCAGAACCUAGAAAACAACUAUAAAAACACAGACUGAAAUGAGAGGGUGUGGGGAGGAGCUCACCCCUACGCUUAUUUAAACUUUCUCCUUGACCUGCACUUUGGAUGAUGGGCAGAGGAGCCCGGCUUGUGAAGGCGGGGGACUGAGAGGGAAAACAGGCCCCUCUAACCUAACUCACAUUUCAGAGGGACUGGACAUCCGGCCUCCACCUACCUUUCCCCCCAUGCCCUUUCUGUUCUCUUCAUUACUGACAUUGUGGAGCUUUUUUGUUUUCUUUCUCUUCACAUUAGUAUUUCCAGAUCAUCUGAACAGCAGUAGAGCUGAUCCACUGAAGGUAGAGUCUCAGUUGACUGAAUGCUCCCCCAGUAGCCUUGGUGUUGUAUGUGGCCCCCCCCCCAGCCUUAAAAGCCAGCUCUGAUAGGGAGCUCCAGGGGGUGAGGACAGUAGUGCACUACGGGACAUUGGCCCCCUGAGAGAGAGAGAGAGCGGGGGCCUGAUGUGGGGUGUCUCUGCUUCCCUCCCUCUGGGUGAGGGAGGGACUGUCCAAAAAGGGCGGAGCACACCCAUGAGUUCAGCCCACUCUGCACUCCCUUCCACGCAGGUGUGGGGGUUGGUACGUGUGGCUGAACGCAUGAAGUUAUCCCAGUUCAGUGAUUCUGUGAAGGGAACAUGUUUGAUCGGAAGGUGGGUAAUGUAGAGAAUUUUAUAUGAACCACGAAAGCAGCAGGACUGCAGGGUAGGUGAGUGAGGCCGGCCUCACACUGCUAAUGUGAUGGCUGGGGAAUGUAUAGGAACACUGGUCAAACAGGCUUGAGCUUAUCAAACCAAAUGGAAUUUGUGUGUCCCUCUUAUGAGUGUGACUGGCUUAGUGGAUAAGUCUUAUACAAAUGCAUUUACUUUUGAGCUUAUUUAAUCUGUUUAUGUUAGUGCAUCAAUUUGUCAUCCAAAUCCCUCCCCCCCCCUAUUUUUUUUUUUUCAUUUUAUUUUUGUAUUUGAUUCUGCAAUGUACAUAAACCCACAUGCCAGAACUUUCAUUUGAUUGUCUGAGCAAGCACUGUGAUACCAAUGAACUGUUCAUGCCAAUAGAAGCCAUCACAUAGAAUCUGUUAAAUACAUACAUACAUGUUCACCUCUUUGUUUGUAAAUAAAAAUAUUUUGGUUUUGUUUGAUUUUUAAUUAUAUUUACCUGGAAAAACACAUCCGUCCUUUCUGUGCUUUUGCUGUGAAAUAUUAAAGCAAAAGCUCUGAUACCAUUAA